CGCACUCCCCCUUUUUGCAGCCAGAGCAGUAUCCCCCAAUGUAAGAUGGUGGCCGUCUGGUCGUGAUAAUCGAAACAGAAAAAAAGUGGAAACUGGUUUAUUGGAACCGGUUUAUAUAGGAGACGGAGGGGUAUACAGUUAUCCAAAAAACAUAAAGGUGUUGCACGGAGGAUAUCAGUGAAUAAUUAGAGGAGGAGUCACCGGUCCGCCCCCUACCGCCCGCCAUUACAAUCGCAGACACACGGAGCGAGAACCCGGCGCAGGAGGCGGUGCGAGAUCUUCACAUUUAAAGAUAUUUUAAUAUUACAAUAAGUUAUUAUAAGCCUGGAAUAUUUUUUCUUUUAUUUUCCCCCGUUUUUUGUUCUUGUUGGGGGACCUUCCAAGUUUUUUGGAACUCCAGAAAGAUGUCACGCAGCCCAGAUGUGAAGGAAGACCCCGUGGAGUGCCCCCUUUGCAUGGAGCCAUUGGAAAUAGAUGAUAUCAACUUUUUCCCUUGCACAUGCGGUUAUCAGAUAUGCCGAUUUUGUUGGCAUCGUAUACGCACAGAUGAAAAUGGACUCUGUCCUGCUUGCAGAAAGCCAUAUCCAGAAGACCCAGCAGUAUAUAAACCACUUUCCCAAGAAGAACUACAGAGGAUAAAAAAUGAAAAGAAGCAGAAACAGAACGAAAGAAAGCAGAAAAUAUCAGAAAACCGCAAACAUUUGGCCAGUGUGCGAGUUGUGCAGAAAAACCUAGUUUUUGUUGUUGGGCUCUCACAGCGUCUCGCAGACCCAGAGGUUUUAAAACGGCCAGAAUAUUUUGGGAAAUUUGGUAAAAUACACAAGGUUGUCAUCAAUAACAGCACAUCCUAUGCAGGCUCACAGGGACCAAGUGCUAGUGCAUAUGUAACGUAUAUCCGGUCAGAAGAUGCACUUCGAGCUAUACAAUGUGUCAAUAACGUAGUUGUGGAUGGAAGAACACUUAAGGCAUCUUUAGGUACUACAAAAUACUGCAGUUAUUUCUUAAAAAAUAUGCAGUGUCCGAAGCCAGAUUGCAUGUAUCUUCACGAAUUGGGGGAUGAGGCGGCAAGUUUCACAAAAGAAGAGAUGCAGGCAGGUAAACAUCAAGAAUAUGAACAGAAGCUGCUACAGGAACUAUACAAAUUAAAUCCUAACUUCUUGCAAUUAUCUACGGGUGCUGUUGACAAGAAUAAGAACAAAGUGACCACACUGCAGAGGUAUGAUGUACCCAACAGUAAUAACAAAGACGCCUGGCCAUCAUUACAGAGUUCGAGCAAAUCUGCCAACGGUAUAACAUUGGAACACAGAAAAUCACCUCCUAUAUUAGACAAUGGCAUAGAUCCAGGUCAUAUGACUCCAGACGGUACCGACUCAGACUUUGGUUCUGUUGACAAAUCUUCAGAAUCGUUAAGUAUUGGAAAUGGCGAUAACCUACAACAGAUAUUAACAAGUGACACCCCAUCGCCACCACCAGGUUUGUCAAAACCAAAUCCAGCUGUUCCCAUCAGUUCAACCAAUCACAGCACAAGGUCACCGUUUGAAGAUGCAAUGACAGAAUCACAGUCGCUGUUCUCUGACAAUUUCCGGCACCCAAAUCCCAUACCAAGUGGGUUACCUCCAUUUCCCAGCUCCCCACAGACCUCAAAUGAAUGGCCGACAGCUCCAGAACCUCAAAGCCUUUUCACUUCAGAAACAAUACCCGUCUCCUCAUCAACGGACUGGCAAGCUGCGUUUGGGUUUGGUUCUUCUAAACAGCAAGAGGACGAUUUGGGUUUUGAUCCUUUUGAUAUCACCCGAAAAGCCUUAGCAGACUUAAUUGAAAAGGAACUGUCUGUCCAAGACCAACCCGCCCUCUCACCUACAUCUCAUCAGAAUCUUUCACCACACACAACUGCCAAAGGGCCAGGUUCUGGCUACCUUCAUCCCACAGCAGCCACUAAUGCCAACUCCAUUGGUAGUACAUUUCCAGUUUUGCCUCAGCGGUUCCCACCUUUUCAACACAGAGCAGUUUAUAACUCUUUCAGUUUUCCUGGCCAGCCCGCACGGUAUCCAUGGAUGGCCUUUCCACGCAAUAACAUUAUGCACAUAAACCACACUGCAAAUGCAACCUCAAACAGUAAUUUCUUGGACUUGACCCACCCUUCUCAACACAACACAGGCUUGGGAGGGAUUCCUAUAGCAGAUCACAGCAAUUCAGUAGAGAGUAUACAUAUGAAGGAAUGGCAGGACGGGCUAAGGGCACUUCUACCCAACAUUAACAUCAACUUUGGUGGGCUUUCCAAUGCUUCCUCCCCCUCCGUUACCCACAGUGCACCAACGUCCAACACUGUCACUACCAACAGCCUGAACUGGGACAGCCCCGGCAGCUGGAUGGAUCCUGCCAUUAUCACAGGCAUCCCAUCAUCAACAGGAAAUGGUUUAGAACCUCUGCAAGACGACAAUCCACCACAUUGGUUAAAAUCGCUGCAAGCCUUAACAGAGAUGGACGGCCCCAGCAGCUCCAUACCUCCACACCAUCCUCACAAUAACCUCUUCAGCACACAGAUACCCCUCCACAGAGCAAAUUGGAAUCCAUACCCUCCCCCAUCAAAUCCAGCCAGCUUCCAUUCCCCACCACCUGGCUUUCAGACAGCCUUCAGACCCCCCACCAAAACACCCACAGAUCUACUACAGAGCUCAGCCCUGGACCGCCAUUAAAAAAAAAAAAAAAAAAAAGGAAAAGAACAUUUAAAAAUUUGGGAAUUAUCUCCUGAUUUCAGUCAAACUCCAAUCCACAGUGUUUCCCUCUCAUACCAUCCUUCUCCUCCAACCCUUUUCUGUCUAUUUCUAGAAUCUCAGUUCUUAAGCACCUCAUUCAGAAAUUGUUCAGUUGCCCCACGAUUUCGCCUUUGUUUCAGAUGUGAAGACUGCUAAGAAAGGUGGAGUAUUGUUCUAAACCCCUAACGGCAGCAAAUAGGUUUCUCGCCUCCAUCUUCAAGAGUUGUAAAGGAUUGAUAAACAGGAAAAUGAGAAUGACAAGAAAUGGUCUUCAAGAAUCACUAUGCUGAAUUAUUUGGUCUGCUGCAUGAUUUUUGUUUUCAUUAGCAAAAGAAAUACAAAAGCUUAAUAUGUAAUUUAAUAGCUUUUAAAAGUAGCUAGCCAAAGUAGCAGGAUUAAUACAAUUAAAAAAAUAAUUUUUAGGGACAAGGAAUAGAAAUUUAACAGAUGAUCAUUAACUAAUUCAGCUCUGCACUGUAACAGAGAGCACCACUUGAUUUAAAUGCCAUUAACAGUUUGUUUUUAUAAUUAUUUCACUGGUUUGUACCGGCUAAAGUGCCAUUUCAUGCUUUUGUUUUCUUCUGGACCAAAGGGGCUGGAUUUACAUUUAUAUAUUGUCGAUUCCUCUGACAGUGUAGGGGGUUUGAGUCGGCAAUUUGAUGAUUCGGCAACAAUCUAGUUGCUUAGCACAGUCCUUUUUAAUUAAUUUGCCAUGUAGAGUGGUGUUUCCAUGUGUGGAGCAGCAGACCAUUACAUUUAAAAAUUGUUGUGGAAAAAAUAUUUUCAUCUAAUUUUUCAUGGCUUUUUUUAGCUGCCCAUUUUGUCUUACUUUUGUUGAUUACAAUCUUGUUUGUAAAGAUCUUUGAAGGCAUUUGGGUAAUCGCUUUCUGUCAUUCUAGAUUUUACAAUUGAUACUUUGUCACAUGGGAUACCAUAACUCAACCUAUAACUAUAAAUAUGCUGCCUUAAUCUGCAGAAUUGGUGCAGGAAGGAAGAUUAACAUUCAAUGUUUAAGUUCUUAUAUUCAGAAAGGCAGUUUAGUUUUUUUUUGGCGGGGGGUUUGGUCACUUUCAAUUUGUCUUCAAUAUGACCUCAAAAUCACAACACAGAGCUGGAAAUGCGUUCAAGCAGAAAGACCCCAGUCCGCAGGUUUCUGAACUAUUUACACUCAUUGGAUUCCUAAACUUAGCCCUGUAAUUUCUCAAAGUGCUGUGCAGUAUUGAAAAGUUGGGAGGAGGAGAAGAACGAGAGGGCAAGAAAAAGAGAUAUACAUGGUUAUAACCUGACGCUAAAACUAAAACCACGGAAAUGUACCUCUGUCUUCAAAAUUAAAACUAAAAUCUUAAAUAAAACAGAAAACUUGAUGAUAA